ACGAGUCAGGGCAGUGCCACGGUGGCGAGGGGGUCCGAGGGGGUGAGCGUGCUGGUGGGUUAGUGAGCCUGGCAUCACUGGGCACAGAGCGUGGUGAGUGUGCUGGUGGUGGGUGAGUGUGCUGGUGGGUGAGUGAGCUGGUGGGUGAGUGAGCUGGUGGUGGGUGAGUGAGUGAGCCUGGUGUCACUGGGCACAGAGCGUGGUGAGUGUGCGCAGCGGGUGGAUGAGGCGAGGGUGAUUAGGCGGGGUGAGUAGGGCGAGGUGAGAUUGAGGCGAGUGUCAGGAGGUGGUGAGUCGUGGCGAGGGUGGACGAGGGUGGUGGAUUUGAGGUGAGGACGAGGAGAGUGAUUAUGGGUUGAGUGUGGUGAGGCGAGUCGAGCGUGAGCCGAGGUAUGGGUGAGUGUGAGUAGGGGGUACAUUGAUGAGGGGUGAGUUUGGACUAACCUAGAUUAUAAGAGUUUAGCGUUUAUAAAUGUACUUACUAGGUGGUGAAGUUGAGGUGUGAGUAGAGGUGAGGUGAGUGUGGGUCGGGGGGAGGUGACGCGGUUGAGAGGUGAGUGGUAAGGCUGAGGGGUGAGUAGUGGUGAGGUUGAGGGGUGAGUAGUGGUGAGGGUGAGUAGGGGUGAGUAGUGGUGAGGGUGAGUAGUGGUGAGGGUGAGUAGGGGUGAGUAGUGGUGAGGUUGAGGGGUGAGUAGUGGUGAGGGUGAGUAGUGGUGAGGGUGAGUAGGGGUGAGUAGUGGUGAGGGUGAGUAGGGGUGAGUAGUGGUGAGGUUGAGGGGUCAGUAGUGGUGAGGGUGAGUAGUGGUGAGGGUGAGUAGUGGUGAGUCAUGGUGAGGGUGAGUAGGGGUGAGUAGUGGUGAGGGUGAGUAGUGGUGAGUCGUGGUGAGGGUGAGUAGUGGUGAGUCGUGGUGAGUAGGGGUGAGUCGUGGUGAGGGUGAGUAGUGGUGAGUCGUGGUGAGGGUGAGUAGUGGUGAGUCGUAGUGAGGGUGAGUAGUGGUGAGUCGUGGUGAGGGUGAGUACGGGUGAGUAGUGGUGAGGGUGAGUAGUGGUGAGUAGUGGUGAGGGCGAGUAGUGGUGAGUAGUGGUGAGGGUGAGUAGGGGUGAGUAGUGGUGAGGGUGAGUAGUGGUGAGUAGUGGUGAGGGCGAGUAGUGGUGAGUAGUGGUGAGGGUGAGUAGGGGUGAGUAGUGGUGAGGGUGAGUAGGGGUGAGUAGUGGUGAGUCGUGGUGAGGAGGACGCAGCAGCCCAUGGCGGCGACUCUGGUGGUGCUGUUCGGCGUCACUGGCGGCGCGGGCGGCGAGGCGCGGGGCUCGGACGAGGCGGACGCGGCGCUCGUGGCGUGGCGCUGCGUGCGGCCACAGUGCGGACAGGUGGGUGAAGUGCACCGCCUGCUCGUGCGCCCCUCCGACGUGGAGCUGGGCGAGCAGUGCCGCGAGGAGACGGGACUCUCCCCGCGCGACCUCGAGCGCGCCCCCCUCUUCGGUGACGUCAUACAGCAGUUCCAGGAAAGUGUGAGCAGGGAGCUGCAGCUGGAGAAGGAUGCAUCCUUUUGCCUCUGCGUGGACGGGCCUUUGUUUCUGCGGCAAGUGUGCCAUCCAGAGGCCUCUAGAAAGGGCGUCUCUCUCCCACACUGCUUCAACUCCUACUACGACCUCCGCAAAGAGUUCGCAAAAUGCUGCUCCACCAGCCAGGAGAUCAACAUCUGGACCAUGGCUGAUGCGCUGGGGGUGACGCGCGACGCCGACGCCGAGUUCGGCGCAGCGGAGGCGGCCGCCAUGAGCAACAUCGUCCUGGCGCUGGCCGCGUCCCCCUACGAUCACAAGUUCUCUAACCCAGAGGAAGUGAUGAGUCAAUUUGAGUCGGGAAAUUGCAGCCAUUACAACAGUGUGCAUGGCGACACGGUGGUGCGUGUGCGGGGGCUGCCCUGGCAGUCGUCCGAGCAGGACAUAGCUCUGUUCUUCAAGGGCCUUAACAUCGCCAAGGGAGGAAUCGCCCUGUGCUUGAACCCGCUGGGCCGGCGCAACGGCGAGGCGCUGGUCAUGCUGCAGGACGAGCAGCAGAGAGACUUGGUGCUCAGCCGGCACAAGCACCACAUGGGCUCGCGCUACAUCGAGGUCUAUAGAUCUUCUGCAGAGGAAUUCUCAAAGAUAGCAGUUGGCGCGUCGAGUGAGGUCUCGCAGUUCCUGGCGCACGAGGGUCAGGUGAUCGUGCGCAUGCGGGGGCUACCCUUUGCGGCCGCGCCCGACGAUGUGCUGGCCUUCUUCGGCGCGGCGUGCCCCGUGACGGCCGGCCGCCAGGGCCUGCUCUUCGUGCACCACCCCGACGGGCGGCCCACGGGCGACGCCUUCGUGCUGUUCGCCGGCGAGGAGUGCGCGGCCGCCGCGCUCGCCAAGCACCGCCACAUGCUGGGCAAGCGCUACAUCGAGCUCUUCCGCAGCACGGCCGCCGAGCUGCAGCAGGUGCUGAACCGCGUGAUGUCGACGCCUCUGCUGCCUGUGGUCCCCGCGCUGCCGUCGCCAUUCCCCGGAGGGCCGCUGUGCCCCAGCGGGCCGCUGACGCCGGGAGGGCCGCUGACCCCCGGCGGGGCCCAGCGCGACUGCGUACGCCUGCGCGGCCUCCCCUAUUCCGCCUCCAUCGAGGAGAUCCUCGACUUCCUUGGGGAGUUCGCCGGCGAUAUCCGGCCCCAGGGCGUGCACAUGGUGUUCAACCAGCAGGGCCGCCCGUCGGGCGAUGCGUUCAUCCAGAUGCGUGGUGCGGAGCGCGCGGCGCUCGCGGCCCAGCGCUGCCACCGCCGUUCGCUGAGGGAGCGCUACGUUGAGGUGUUCGCCUGCUCCGCAGACGAGAUGAGCGUCGUGUUGCUGGGCGGCUCGCUCAACAACAACGGCCUCUCCCCACCGCCGUGCCUAUCGCCGCCGGGCAUGCUCACCUUCCCACCGCAGGGGCCCAUGUUCGGGCCCGAGGCUGCCCUCUUCCCGCACCCGAUGCUGUUGGGACCGCCGCACCCCCCUCCGUGCACCCCGACGGGCGGCUUCUAUCAGCCGGCUACGAGCACGCAGCUCUUCAUGAACUACACGGCCUACUACCCCAGCCCCCCGGUGUCGCCGAGCACCAUGGGCUUUUUCCCGUCGCCCCCCGGCAUGGCGCUGCCCCCACAGCCUGGCGCUGUGGUGCGUAUGCAGGGGCUGCCCCAUGGGGUUGGGGUCAAGGAUGUUCUGGGUUUCUUCCAUGGGUACCAGGUGAGCGCGGACUCGGUUCUGCUGCUGUACGGGCUGGGCGGGCAGCUGAGCGGCGAGGCGCUGGUGUCGUUCCCAUCGGCAGACUCGGCACGCCAAGCGGUCGCUCAUCUGCAGCACCAUCGAAUGGCUGGCCAGGCCAUCCAGCUGCACCUCGCCUGAGCCUGCUGCGGCUUCAUUGCUUCAGCUCUGUCUUUGUUGAACUAAAGAAAUUGGAAAGCUCUGCCUCAUCUCCUGUCAUGGUGUAGUCUUCUGUAAGCUGCCGGACCUGCCAUGGGACUCCACUGUAGGUCUAAUCUUCACAGGAUGAUGGGCCACUUUGCUUCCAUAGGUUGUUUUGCUGAUGUGCGCACAUUACUGCUCCCUUGUGUUCAUGCUACAUUUUAAACACUCAUCGUUUUAGAAUCCUGGUUCAUGUAUGGCCUGGCAGCACUCAUAGUUGGGUGCUUCUGGGCUAUGCAUUCAUAUUCCUCAAUUACAACAACCUGAGAUUUGGAUUUGACUAAUUUGCCGUCAUGUCAGUAAUUGGCUGCUAUCUGCAGCCGACCAGCUGUGCUCCGCUGCUGCGACUGGAACACUAACAGAUGGCAGAGUAGUCCAUUGUGUUCAGGCUCUCAAGCCCUUCUCAACAUGGCCAGCACUUUCGGACAUACACGUGUCAUCCUCGCUAAAUUUCAGUGAUUGAAACCUCCUUUUCCACACCCAAAACUCAUCAAUUGUCCUCGGUUAUGAACUCGCUUUUGCAGUCCCAAGUCCCACUCAAAUGCAGAACAUAAAACUUUCAUCAGCCUUAAUGCAGUCCAUUCGCCUCCAUUUUUAUUUGUUUCCCUACAGAUUUUAAUGCCGCCACCAGAGGGGGUAUGGGAAGCCAGCCUCCUUGUUCAUCCUCGCGACACUGCCAGGGCCGCCUACUUGACUGGUUUCAUUGGGCGAGCUUCUGAUUGUCCUCCUCUGCUUAUUGGAUAGUUUUCACGUGCUGUGAACACGAACACGAACAAAAACUGGUUUAGGGCAAUCAUCGAUUAAAACGUUACAGAAAUCCAAAGCACCUAAUUCUUUGUGGGUUAUAAUUCGCAACGCUUUGAGAAAAAUCACGAAUUUAAUAUUUCAGGGAUAAUUUUGAAAAUGUUGCUAUUCACUGUACUUCACAAGGACACCAAGCGUCAUCUCUAAAUUUAUUGAAAUUAAGUAUGCAAGGAAAAGACUUAACAUUUCCUAAAAAACCCCACCAAUUUGAUUGCUCUGACUGGUGCAUGAAUACUGCAAGGUGAAAUGUACCGCUGAUGUGUGAAUUCGGAAACUCCUUUCCUCUGCCACUUUAGCCAUCGAUAUUGCAUUUACACAAACAUGGCGAUGUACAGUGAGUGAUGUGCCCUGGUACAGUUUGUUCAAAUGCCAGUAGGUAUCAAUAAAGCAUCUUAAAAGCAAAAAAAAAAGUUAAAUGAUUUAGAAGCAAAUGACACCCAAUUGUUACGACUUCAUUUUCCCCAAAACUAUGGCAACGGCGAUAGAAAGUGCUGCAGAGCACUGGGCAGCAGCCGCGUGUUUCGGUGCAACAGUGGAGCCUGGAGGUCGCCUGGCUGUGUUACUAGGAAAAGAACUCGUGACCCGGCAAGAUCAUUCCAGUCGUCCUCCCUUAAGUCCACGUUUGUUUUGCAACGUAAAUGUUGACUUAAGAAGUAAAUAGUUACAGUGGACUGAUAGGCAUAUAUAUUUAGACCAGCAACUAAUAAUGAUUUAUAUAAUUAGUUGUAUUUGGUCGUGAAUUAAUGGUAUUGAAAGGAUAUUUUGUUCGUAUUUGUAAAGUUACUGAUUCAUCAAAGUUGGCUUGACACUUUGUGUAACAAAGGCACUCUUGGAGUUUCUAUAGCGGCACGGCUUACAAUUCGGAUCUGAACAAUUGGACACUUUUUCACGAUUCUUAACAUUUUUUUAUUUAGGCGACGUAAUUAUCUGUCCAAAUCCGAUAUCACGAGGAACCCUUCACCACCGGAUAGACAAACAUAUAGUUUACUGGUGAGCUGAAUCAAUAAUGGCCCAUAAAGGCUUAUACACAUUAUAAUUUUGUCCUUAGGUGAUUAUGAAUUCCUAUUGAAGGUUAGAUCAUUAUAUGGCACACGCCAAAAAUGUAUUAUGAAUCAUAAAAUUGUCUGUGGAAAUCUACACGUUAACCAAGUGCUAUGAUGUUUUGAAUUGCUGCUUCGUAAUUUGUAGCUUUGAUUUAUGUACAGUUGAUCGAAAAAGAAGAGGUGUGUUAAAUGAUUGAAGAUGGCUUUUCUAAUGGUAUCUGUUUAUUGGCUGCCAUGUUGGAAUGUGCUGCUCUGGAUGUGAAUGACGAGCCAAUUGUGGAAAUCAUGGAAGUUGCACAGCCUUCUCUCCACUUCUCAACAGCUGCCGCAUUCAGUUUCUGAUGAGGGAUGCAAUAUAACCUUUCUUAUGGAGUGUGCCUUCUCGUGAAUAUUAGGUUAUAUCAACACUUUAACAGUUUUUUUUCUCAUUGGAUUAAGGUUGAGCGUAUGCUUCAAGAAUGUAUCCUGGGGGCAACUUAGCUCACCUUUUUGACAAAUUGUCACUUAAUGUGAAUGUUUUAAUUAUUAAUUAAUUAAAGUGCAGUGUUGCAUAUUUAAUAAUUUAUAGGCCUCCAAUGUCAAUGCAUAGGCCUCAUUUAUUUAAUGCAAUUGCCAAAUUGUCUUAUU